AUGCUGACGGCGAACCGGGGUGAUCGGCCGAUCGGCAAUGGGCGCAUCAUCGGGCCCAAGGCCCCGGAGUGCGACGAAUCUAAACCCCGCUGCAAGAAAUGCCUCGACUACGGCGUGACCUGCACCUACGGCCCCGCCUCUGAGGCAGCAUCACUAUCGGUCGAGGUAGCCUUCGAAGUAGACCUAGCCUCCUGCCGUGUGAAACCCGCCGCCGCCCCUUCCCGAAAACCCGUGUCUUAUCUCCCCCGCACCCUCCCUCCCCCGCUGCCGUCCACCGGCUCCCCCAAAAGCCCGGACGCGGCCUACCAACUAACACCCACCGACGUCCGCCUCCUGGAGCGCUUCCAAAAGCGCACCGUCAUCAGCUUCGGCACGCCCACAACCAAGGACAUCUACGAGCGAAAGACCCUCCCCAUCGCGUUCCAGCACCCAUUCGUGAUGCACACCAUCCUCGCCCUAACCCACCUCCACGACAUGUCCCUCACAACCACGACACUUACCGCCAACCCCGCCUUCACCUACCACUGGUACCGCGCCAUCUCCCUCCUCCACCGCAAGCUCUCCCAGCCCAUCCUUCCCGCCGAGCGCGACGCCCUCUGGGUUGCCGCCGCCUUCGUCGGCGUCGCCUCCUUCGCCAACACCUCCGACAUCGCCUUCCCGCGCGACGCCUGGCCCCUGCGCCCGCCCUGCUGGGAGGACCUCGACUGGCUGAAGCUCGGCGACGGCAAGAAGCAGGUCUGGCGCCUGACGGACCCGCUGCGCUCCAGGGGCAUCUUCCGCGACGUCGCGAACGCGCUGUACACGCACGUCCUCCUCCCCGCCUCGAAGCUGAGGAUGGGCGCCGAGGACGUGGCGUACAUGCGCGCGAACCUGCCCGACGGGUUCUGCGAGCUGUACAAGCUGGAGGAGGGGCUGCCGGAGGAUAACCCGUACUGGACGGCGGCGGAGUCGUUGGCGGCGUGUUGGGGGCGGACGGCGAAGCCCGGGUCGCCGGAGGAGGCGAAGCCGUUCUUGACGUUUCUGAGCAAGCUGGAUCCGCGGUUUAAGGGGCUGCUGGAGCACAAGGACGAGAGGGCGAUGCUGAUGCUGGCGUAUUGGCUUGCUAGGGUCUGUAACCGAAGGUAUUGGUGGAUGUGGAGGCGUGCUGUGCUGGAGACACUGGCAAUCUGUGAUUUCAUCGAGCCUAGGUGGAGAGGACGCUGGGAGGUCAGAUUGGUAGAGUUCCCGAGGAUGAUGGCGGAGACUUGCGGACUGUGA